UAAAAGAUCACUAACGAGAGUUGUUACCUGCAACCAAAAUGACCAUGCCAAACGUAUUCACAAAGUUGACCCCGAAAGUGACGUUCGCCGAAUCCAUACCAAAUGAGUUGAAAAACAAGGACUACUCCAACGCCCGACACAUCUCAGGCCUGACCCACGAGAUGCUCGUGUCGUUUGAGAUCCGGGGUCUGGUGGGGGAGCAGACGGGCCGUAACCCUCACUACACCAACUCAUUAGCCGACACUAACCAACUGCUGACCGAAUCGUUUGGCAAACCGCUGACCGACAGCAUUGACAUCACAGGCGGCACUGAUUUAACCUUUACCACCAAAAACCUGAUAUAUGCGCGAACUAUCAACUUUUGGGUGGUUAUGGGCUUAAUGCUUGACGAUCACCUUGAUCACAUUGUGACCAGCGAUGGCGCCAACAAACAUGUUGUGUGCGAGUGGCAGAAGAAGUAUUUGUUGGGCAAAAGUGACGGCACAACAGGUUUUGAUAAACUGCUGGUAAAGGCUUUGGGAAUGACUAAAAAGAUGUUGACGGCUGACCAAUACGUGCGGCACGUGAUUAGUGGCGUCGCUUGGAUUGGCUCAUCACUCAAUCAGACAAAGUUCACUAAUAAACUCAUGACUUAUGAAGAGUUUUGGACAGACAUGAACUCUCUAUCCAGUAAUACGGCCUUGAUGAAAGAGUGGUACGGCAACAAUCCGACCAUUAUGAAAGUAGUAGAUAAGAUAUUGAGAUACCGAACGCACGUGACGAACGCGUGCAAAACGUUUAUCAGUGGCAAGGCGGUGAACAUGCCCGUUGCGUUGAAACAGCUACACGACAGCAACAAGGAUAUGCAAUCCGCCCGAACCUUAUUCACCCGUGCGUUGCCCGUGUUUGAUCAUGAUGUAAAUGCUAAUAUUGAAACCACUCAAUUCCCGAACACAUGGAUUGUUGUCAUGACGUCCAAAGAUCUGGCCCUCAAUAGUGUUGUGCCGUUUGAGAUGUGUGGCCAACAAUUGGUGGCAUUCAGGGGUGGAUCGGGUGCUGUCCACGUGUUGUCCGCCUAUUGUCCGCAUUUGGGCGCAAAUCUCGGUGUCGGCGGACAUGUGGUGACUGAGUCAGAGUCGGGNGCGCAAAUCUCGGUGUCGGCGGACAUGUGGUUUGGCGGCGCAGACGGACAGUGCAAACGCAUACCUAAUCUCAACGACUCUGAGUUAAAGGCAGUGAAAGCUGUGGUAAAGAAAUGGCAGACAAUAGAGAGGAAUGAAUUGAUAUACGUUUGGCAUCACUCGCAGGACUCGGACCCCGACUAUUAUCCCGAAGUCUUAAUUGUCAAUUACGGCCACAAUCUAUCGCUUAUAGGGAGUUGUGCUCAACUUAUACACACUAACUAUCAGAUAGUGUUGGAGAACGCAUCCGACUUACAGCACUUCCAUUACAUACAUCAGGAGAUCAUACCAUAUAUAACUAGAUUGAAGUUCUCAUUCAAUGACAUAGAGAAGGAUCAUGUGGUGAGCUGUAGAAUGACCAUCUAUUUACUGGGCUGGCAGUUAGUCACUGUACCCAUCAAAAUAUGUCACGUGUCGUCAGUGAUUGUGGUGCUAUACAUUGGCUCAGAGGACUCGAUGCUGGGCACCGUCGUAAUGUUGGGAACUACUAUUCCAUGGUCACUACUCCCGAACCCGAAGUCCUGCGACGGAAUUGACACCACUCACGAACACCUCUUGGCAUGUGUUAUCAUAUCCAUGUCAAAUGUCUAUAUCAAACAUAAGUCCCUGUUUACACAUCAGGCAAUACUCUUCCGGAUGGGAACCUCUUGUCACACGUACGACACCACCACCGCUAUCGGCACCGGGUAUUACUGA